AAAUCGUACCUAUAAGUACGCUUCAAUGAAAUACUCAACAUCUGAGAUACUUCUCAACAACAUAGUUAUAACAGUAGCAGUCGAGAAACGCUUGAAUGGUUAUAAGCCAUUUCUUUACGACUUUUCCUUUGAUUUUUGUCGCUUCAUGCGAAAUCCCAAUCCAGGAAAUAAAGUUGAAACCUUUUUCUACAGUCUUAUUAAACCAUAUACUAAUGUUAACCAUACUUGCCCUUACACUGGGGAUAUAAUUGUGGAUAAAGUGACAAUCAGUUUUCUGAAUUACAAGCUAACGGAACUUCUACCACUUCCAGAAGGAGACUAUCGCAUUACAACGUACAUGAUUAUAAAGGAUAUUAAAAGAACUAAGAUCAUGAUUUAUUUUAAGAUAUUCUAGUCUAUUGCCAAAUUAUGAAAA